AUGCAAAUGUGGCGGACAAAGAAUAGCCAUGCUGAGCCGAGCAUUAACGCAGCCAUGCACCACCGAGUAAGGGAGGGACCACCUUGCAGCGAGCAAAGAGGAGGAUCGUUUGGCGAGUGCCUCUGCUUCGGCACCAAGGAGACCAUCAUCAGAGACGACAAACAGAGUAAAGUGGGGGCGUUGAGAGAGACAGGCUUGGAGAUGUUUGCUUUUCUUAUCGCAUUGGCCAUUGCGAAGGACCUUGUGCGGAUCUUUGCAACUAUGAGAAGCAGCAUCAAGAUUGAUGACAUGAACAUCAAUUAUGCCGUCAGUUCCAUGUUGCCAGAGGCCACAGAUAAGGAGACCGCCUCGUUCCUCGGCCGGGGGGAGAAGUGUAGGAGAGUCGAUGGGAGGCAAAGCAUCCGUAGAGGCAGAACGACUAAGAUGGAUACGGGGUUCAUACUGGCAGGAUAG